AUGGCUGAGGAACCAGUGAAUAAACCUACUGCCAAUGAGGAUGACGACUUCGUCGACCCAUGGACCGUUUCUGGAAAGUCCGAGACGGGUAUUGACUAUGAUAAGCUAAUAAAGAGGUUUGGCAGUCAGAAGAUUGACGAUGAAAUUAUUCAGAGGUUUGAAAAAGUCACUGGGAAAAAAGCACAUCACUUUCUAAGGCGUGGAAUAUUUUUCUCUCACAGAGAUAUUCACAAUAUCCUCAAUUUGUAUGAGGCGGGCAAGAAAUUCUAUUUGUACACUGGUCGGGGUCCGUCUUCAGAGAGCAUGCACAUCGGACACAUGGUCCCUUUCAUUUUCACGAAAUGGCUCCAAGAUGUAUUUGACGUCCCUCUACUCAUUCAGCUGACUGAUGAUGAGAAGGUGCUGUGGAGAGACCUGAAGAUAGAUGAUGCUCGGAAGAUGGCCUUCGAUAAUGCCAAAGAUAUCAUCGCUGUCGGCUUCGAUGUGGAGAAAACGUUCAUAUUUAACAAUUUGGACUUUAUUGGCAAAUGUCCAGCAUUCUACCAGAACAUGGUGAGGAUACAGAAGUGUGUAACUUACAACCAGGUGAAGGGUAUUUUCGGCUUCGGAGACUCUGAUGUCAUCGGCAAGAUCACCUUCCCUUCCAUAGAGGCUGCUCCAGCCUUCUCAACCAGCUUUCCGUUUAUAUUUGAAAAUAAAGUCUUACCAUGCCUGGUACCCUGUGCCAUCGACCAGGAUCCUUACUUCCGCAUGACACGCGACGUGGCUGCUCGCCUGAAGUUGCCGAAGCCGUCCCUCAUCCAUUCCACCUUCCUACCUGCGUUGCAAGGAGCUCAGCACAAAAUGUCUGCCAGUGACGCAAACACCUCUAUAUUCUUGAAUGAUAGCGCCAAACAUAUUAAGACUAAGAUAAACAAAUACGCGUUCUCAGGAGGUAGAACUACCGUAGAGGAACAUAGACUGAAGGGUGGCAACACUGACGUGGAUAUUUCAUACAAGUACCUUACCUUCUUCUUGGAGGAUGAUGACCGGCUAGCAGAGAUAAAGAAAGAAUAUGAAUCGGGCGUGAUGCUGACUGGUGAACUGAAGAGAGAAGCGAUCGAUGUGAUCACACCGUGGAUACAAGAGUACCAGAAACGUAGGGCGACGGUCACGGACGAAGUUGUAGAACAAUUCUUUAAGUUACGACCACUUAAGUUCUAA